AUGGGAUCCUUGCUUUGUUGUCUUCGUGGCUCGGCCAUUGAUGAAGAAGAUGUAGACUCUAAUGAUAACGAACAAGUUCAAGAGUCGAACAACACAACCGAUAGAAGCACCCCCCAAGCCGGUUUCAAUGUGUUCGCACAUGGCGUCACAAAGAUGUGUAACGAUCUUUUUGGAAGUGGAGUAGCGGGAUCUCUGCAGUCUUCAUCUUCUAUAAGGGAUGCCAAAAGUUUAAAUCAUUCAGACGUAGAACCAGAACUAGCUCGUGGAAGUAGCGGGCUAACAUUUACACGUGACGAAGAUUGUGAAUCAUCAAAAGAUGACGAAUGUCUUAUUUGCCUUGAAGAAUAUACAAGCGAAAAUCCGAGGAUUACCACAAAAUGCUUACACGAUUCUCAUCUUAGUUGCAUCUUGGAGUGGCAACAAAGAAGCGAACUUUGUCCGGUUUGUGCAAAGUUGAUGGAAUUUGAGGAGAUGAGUUGA